GGUCGGGCUGGGCAGGAUCCGGGCGCAGAUAUAUACGGUAAAUGAUAAUUGGGGUGCGUGCAUACACAGUUGCAACCUUGGCAAUAGUUGCUUGACAGAGACGGUGAACCAGGACAAGUAUGUUCCUAUAAAACCAGAUUCGUAUCCCCUGAGCUCUGGGUGUUGUAUUUGUUCCAUGGUUAUCAACCUCGUGUAUGUUGAUUUGUUUUGUAUGAUAUCUCGUCGAAAUGGUUUGGGGAAUUCUUGAAGACAAGCAUAUGACCCAUGUGCCGGGCACAGUUCCAUUGACCGACUCCAGUGAUAUCCCUAGCGAGUAUCGGACGAUUCCUCAAGAACUAUUAAAGCAUGGCCAUGGACGGAAUGCGCAUAUCAUAUUGGCUCCUCAACCGAGUGACUCUCCAAAUGAUCCUCUCAAUUGGCCAACAUGGCGGAAAGACGUUAUUUUGACGAUUGUCGGAUUAUCUGCUGCUGUCGUAGGAGCAUACGGCCCCAUGCUAUCACCUGGGUUCGUUGUGAUCGCUGCUGAGUUGAAUGUUACGGUCAAUAUACUUUCACAAGCUACGGCUUGGGUAAUCUUAUUGAUCGGCCUGUCUCUCUUCAUCUUCAAUCCGAUAGCGAAGAAGCUUGGACGACGACCUGUAUAUGCGAUUUCCAGUAUCAUCAUGCUUACCGGCAGUGUCUGGGGAGCUGUCUCGAAAGAUUAUCCUACCUUCCUGGCAUCCCGCAUCUAUAGCGGAGUCGGUAUGGCCCCGUACGAAGUCCUCGUCCAAUGCACCAUUGCAGAUAUGUAUUUCGUCCACGAGAGAGCCACAAGAAUUGCAAUCUGGAAUAUGUUCCUUCUGUGCGGGAUCAGCGGUGGGGCGCUAGUAGCUGGUUAUAUCAUUGAGGGCCAAGGUUGGAAAUGGACGUUAAUAUGGUGUGGCAUCAUAUUUGGGGCUUUACUACCUCUCGUUAUUUUCUUCGUUCCCGAGACGGCUUAUCGGAGACAGUCUUGGGAAGAACGGCUAAGAGCGGCCGGGACGAACAAUUCCAACGAAAAAUCGCUAGAUAAGAAAGGAGAAGUUGAGCAAGAGGAAAAUGUGGAAGUCCCGGAGACAGGGACACAGCCCGAAAAGAAAGAUUCUUUUCUACGCUCGCUGCGGUUCUAUACUGGAACCUACACAGAGACACCACUAUGGAAAAUAUUCCUGCGGCCGUUCGUGAUGUUUUGGUAUCCCGCGGUGCUCUGGGCGUUUCUGCUCUACGGAGUCACCCUGACUUGGAUUGUCGUCUUCAGUGUGGUUAACGCAGUGAUCUUCACAGCACCGCCAUACAACUUUUCGGUAUCCGAAACCGGAUUGAUUUCUCUGUCACCGUUCAUACUGAGCUUCAUAGGCGAGAUCAUCUCGGGUCCCAUGAAUGACUGGGUCUGCAUGUGGCUGGCGAAGAAGAACCGCGGUAUUUAUGAGCCAGAGUUUCGACUGCCGCCAAUCAUCAUUUCUUUCUUGAUUGGGGUUGCUGGUUUCUUUGGGUUUGGAGCAACGGUUCACUAUCAGACGCACUGGAGCGGACCGGUACUUACUUUUGGGUUGGCUAACAUGAGCUUGGCUUUCUCGAAUGCCAGUGUGUUUGGCUAUGUCAUCGAUGCUCACAAAGAGUUGAGCGAAGAAGCUUUCGUGGCAAUCAACGCCCGCAACCUCCUCACGUUCGGGUUGACAUACUUUGUUAAUGACUGGCUAGCUCGUGAUGGCGUCCUGGCAGUGUUCAACGUCCUUGGGGCUGUCUUCGUUGGGGUCAAUCUGCUCACAAUUCCACUAUGGAUCUUUGGCAAGCGAAUCAGGGCCUCCAUCGCAAGAAAUAAGACCUUGGAUCGCUUUAUGCACGAGGAUUGAGGCUGUCGGAGAGGGUAUCCACGAGAUAGAUAGUACGUAGUAGGAAAUGGAUAUUUGAUGGCUAGAUCAUCAUUUCCACCGUCCUCAUGUCACUAAGUACUUGCCUGCUAAAUGCCUGAUAACCUUCAACUGGCAGGCGCGUCAAUAAUAACUGUAAAUUUAGCGGUACACAGGGAAAUGGCCAGUGACCUGCAGUGGCAUGUAGAAGGCUGUGGGGUAUUCAGGUACCGCUAGCCACAAUAAGUCUAGCGCAUCACACCCAUCUGUAACUCCCGGUCAAAGACCC